CCAACUUGCCCCCCAUUCCAGUCACUUCCCGUCAUCCAUCAACCUAUCCACGACGACCUUGCGGCAAACAGCUCCGCCGCCUCUUCCUGCCACGCCCACAACCAACAGCAGGCCGCCGAUUUCACGACACCCUCACGAUCCCAUACAUACAUACAUAGCCAUCAACUAAUACCCAAGCCGAAACCAUGCCCGGCUUCGACUUCUCCAACUACAACCGCAAUGCGGCGCUACACGCCCGUGGCGUUCCGCUUCCCAAGGCCACCAGCACAGGAACAACCAUUGUGGGCUGCAUUUACGACGGUGGUGUAGUUAUCGCAGCCGACACCCGUGCCACGUCCGGUCCCAUCGUCGCCGACAAGAACUGCGAAAAGCUGCACUUCAUCGCCCCCAACAUCUGGUGCGCUGGUGCCGGUACCGCCGCCGACACGGAAUUCACCACGGCCCUGAUCUCGUCCCAGCUGGAGCUGCACUCUCUGUCCACCGGCCGCAAGCCGCGCGUCGUGACGUGCAUGACCAUGCUCAAGCAGCACCUCUUCCGGUACCAAGGUCACAUUGGCGCGUACCUCGUCGUUGCGGGCGUCGACCCGACCGGCACCCACCUUUUCACCGUGCACGCGCACGGUUCCACCGACAAGCUCCCCUACGUGACCAUGGGCUCCGGCUCAUUGGCGGCCAUGUCCGUCUUUGAGACGCAGUGGAAGCCCCAGCUGAACAAGGAGGAGGCCAUGAAGUUGUGCAGCCAGGCGAUCGAGGCGGGUAUCUGGAACGAUUUGGGCUCGGGAAGUAAUGUCGAUUUGGCGGUGAUCACGCCCGAGAAGACGACGCUGCACAGAGGUUUCGUUAAGCCAAACGAGAGGACCCAGAAGCUCAAGAGUUACAAGUUCAAGAGGGGCACGACGGCGGUGCUCAAUGAGAAGGUGAUCAAGAAGGAGGAAAUGGGGAAUUAUAUCAGUGUGGUGGAGCUGGCAGAGGAGACGCCGGCGAGCGGUGACAAGAUGGAGGUUGAUACAUAGAGGGCCGCGGUCGAGUGAUAAACGUUGUCCAUGCCGAAACGCUCCGCGCCACGACGAGGAGCGAGGCUGGAUGGAUGAUCACAACGAAUGAGAUAAGCGAUUUGGAGCUUCAGCCAUGAUCUGGGUUA